AUGUCAUCAAUGCACACUUCAUCGAAAAUUCUCAUUGGCCAUCCGACAUUCAGCCGAUCGAUUGAGUCUCAUGGAAGUGCUCAUUCAGCUGAUAUGAAUUAUCAAGGAUGGCGACGUGCAGGAACAAUUGGAAGUGAAGAUAUUGGUACUCAAACUGAUCAUAGUGCUGACGGUGGAAGUAUAUCAAGUGGUGGACGAGCAUUGUUGGGUGAAUUACGUCGACGACGAGACGAAACCAUUGUUGGAAUUAGUCUUGAAUCGAUGAAAUAUAAUGGAGCUAUACCAUUUCGUCAGUUACAACGACCCGAUCGUUUACCACGACAAAGUUCCCGUCAGAGUGAAUGUGACGGUUCAUUACUUGGCGAUUUCAUGUCGAGUACACCACAACCAACUACAUCCGGUAGUUUAAAUUCAAAUGCCGAAAAAAAAGCUCGUAUGCUAACAUCAAUAAAUAAUACAGCGAAUCCAACUGAUUUAACAUCAAUUGCGAUACCGAAUCCUUCGCCACCAUUAUAUAAUUCAAAAGUUGCAAAUAACGAUGAUGCAUUAUCAUGUCAUACACUUGUUAAUACACGUUCCGAUGAGGCAAAACAGGGCGAACGUACUACACGAAAGGAAUGCUUUCGUUUGGGACGAAGAAAAUUACUAUUUGAAAAACGCCGGAAAGUAUCUGAUUAUGCUUUAUUUUUUGCCAUGAUUGGUCUUUUAUUUAUGGUGCUUGAACAAGAAUUAACUAUGGCUAGAAUUUAUGGCAAGGAUGCAUGGUGCUCAUUAUUUCUUAAAUCAUUUAUAACUUUAUCUACAUUAAUAUUAGUUGUUAUGAUUAUUUACUAUCAUGCACUUGAAGUUAAAUUAUUUAUGAUUGAUAAUUGUUUGGAUGAUUGGCGAAUAGCUAUGACAUGGCGACGUAUUCUUCAAAUAGGUGCUGAAGUUUCAAUUUGUGCUAUUCAUCCAAUACCUGGCAAGUUCGAAUUCGAAUGGAUAACACAUAUGUCGAACAAGGCAGAUCAUCAUUCACAAAUAAAAGCAGCUAUCGUAUCUGUAGAUAUUUUACUGUCAUUGCCAAUGUUUAUUCGACUCUAUUUAAUAUGUCGUGUUAUGCUUUUGCAUAGCAAGUUGUUUACAGAUGCUUCAUCGAGAAGUAUUGGGGCUUUCAAUCGUAUUAAAUUUAAUACAAGAUUUGUAUUGAAAACACUAAUGACAAUAUGUCCAGGAACGGUUUUACUUGUUUUUAUUCUUUCACUUUUUAUCAUUGCUAGUUGGACAGUUCGAGCAUGUGAAAGUAAUCAUGACCCGAAACAUCAUGGCAACAUUCUGAAUUCGAUGUGGUUAAUUGCUGUGACGUUUUUAGCUAUUGGCUAUGGAGAUUUAGUACCGAAUACUUAUUGUGGACGUGCUAUUUGCGUCGCAUCUGGUUUAAUGGGUGUCUCGUGUACAGCAACAAUGGUUGCCGUACUGGCUCGUAAAUUAGAAUUAACUCGUGCAGAAAAGCAUGUUCACAAUUUUAUGAUGGAUACACAAUUAACAAAACGCUUAAAAAAUGCUGCCGCCAAUGUUUUACGUGAAACAUGGUUAAUAUAUAAAUAUACUAAAUUAGCAAAACAUGUAAACGUAUCCCGAGUGCUUGCACAUCAACGAAAAUUUCUUCAAGCAAUUCAUAGUUUACGAAAAGUUAAAUUGGAUCAAAGAAAACUAACGGAUAAUGUUAAUGCUGUAUCUGAUGUAGCACGGCUUCAAUCAUCUGUAUAUGAUAUCGUAUCUCAAAUGCUUUCGAAUCAAACUGUUCUUGAAUCAAAGUUUUAUGAUUUAGAUGCAAGACUCCUAGCGUUACAGACACAAAUUGACAAUUUACCGAAUGUAAUGGCGGUGGCAGUCAGUGAGCAAAAUAAUCGUUUAUGGCAACGUUUAGAAGCUCAUGUUCAAACACAAUUAAGUACUAUACGUGGAACCUUACCAACAAUAUCCGUGACCUGUCCUCAACGACAAAAUACUGUGUGA